CACGCGUCCCUUGAGACGUUCGCGUAUCCUCUCUGAUCUCCGAGAACUCGCGAAAAGAUUUUUCCGAAAGUCUACAUUAAAUGGCGCAUUGAGUGAUCCCUCGGUCGUUCCUUUGACUUUUCGGAUCUGUGUUUUGAUUAUAAUUGAAAUCGUAUUCCUCACUUUUUGAAAUCGGACUCAUUGUUUGCAUAGAUAUCCUCACUUUCACAACAAGAAAAUUUAAUAAAGAUCUUAAGAUUUGAACAUCUCUGGAAGAGCUUCGAAGAAUGGAAAAGAGUUUACGCACGAGGCUGACUAGUCUGAGCUUGAACUACUGACGAAAAAAACGAAGGAUACCGAACGCUGCACGAUUGCAUGGCAAGCACCGGAACGAAAAUGUAGAGACACCCAACAAAAAAUGGGAAUCCUAUUAGAGGAAAAAUGGACGGUCUAAAUGCCAACGGCAACAACACUCGUGAAUUCUGUAAUAUUCAGUACAAACAUUUCGUAGCACCGUACGGAGAGCUCUGGUGUAAUCCAGUAUGGGACUCGUUGCUCUGUUGGCCGCCAACGAAAGCCUCUACCAUGGCGAAACAGCAAUGCCCUUUCGUGGAUGGAUUCGAUACGAUCAAAUCCGUGGAGAAAAGAUGCGGCUACAAUGGACGUUGGGAGACACAGAACGGCACAAACAUGAACGAGGAAUUGUUCAUUGGCUGGGCAAAUUAUACAACUUGCUUAACACCAGAAAUGCUGUGGCUUCACUAUAGAGUCUACAACAAUAAUGUCGAGGGCGAAAUGAAAAUGGAAAUAGCUGAAAAGACCCGCACUCUGGAAUUUGUGGGUCUCAGCAUAUCUCUGGUGGCUUUACUUGCUUCCCUGGUGAUUUUCUGUCGAUUUAGGUCAUUGAGAAACACGAGGACCAGAAUUCACAAGAAUCUCUUCGUUGCCAUGGUGGUGCAAGUACUAAUCAGAUUAACAUUGUACAUAGACAUCGCGAUCUAUCGUAGAAAGCCGCACGGCGUGCAACGAGGAAUAGGAAAUACCCCGGUGCUGUGCGAGGCCAGUUACGUGCUGCUAGAGUACGUCAAGACUGCGAUGUUCAUGUGGAUGUUUAUAGAGGGUCUGUUUCUCCACAACAUGGUGACCGUGACGGUCUUUCAAGAGACGUCUUAUUAUCGUAUGUACCGUUUUAUUGGAUGGGGAUGCCCAGUGCUGAUGACCUCGGUUUGGGCCCUCGUUAUGGCGUUUCAUUACCAUCCGAAAUCAAAAUUUCUCAGAUGCUGGUCGGGGUACAAUUUAUCGUCCUAUUUUUGGAUCCUUGAGGGACCCAGAUUUGCGGUAAUUUUGCUCAACUUUUUGUUCUUGCUAAACAUUAUAAGGGUACUCGUGGUGAAGAUGCGGCAAAGUCAUACAAGCGAGAUCGAACAAGUUCUGAAAGCCGUGAGGGCAGCCGUGGUACUUCUACCACUAUUGGGUAUCACUAAUAUACUGUUCAUGAUCGAAGCCCCGUUGGAUAACGUGAGCAAGUUCGCUGUGUGGUCCUAUUCCACGCAUUUCCUACGAUCGUUUCAGGGUCUUUUCAUCGCGACGCUUUACUGCUUCCUUAACGGCGAGGUAAGACUCGCUUUGGAUAAAACUAUCGCCGUUUAUCUUUCUGUAAGAGGAGGUGACUUGCAAACUAGAAGACAGUCGACCCUUAGCGGCUGUCAACCCCAGCGAAUAACUUCGGUGAUCGAGAUAGUGGAGGAAGAAACGAGACCUACCGAAUUGUUACGGCUGUGCUUUCGCGGAGGAAACAUCCCGCCACCGGAUCGACCUAUCGAAAUACAAGAACAGAGGGAUGACAAAGAUGAAUGUGCACUUUCUCGAGAGCGAGGAAGUUCCAGCACAGGAAAUGGCGAAAGGAAAUGACAAUGUAUUAGAGUUCUCGAGAUUACGUCCAGCCCUUUAGACUCCUCAUGUAAUAGCUUUUGUUCUACCGUUCCUUAUCUCCCGUUUCAUUCUCAGUAUCUUGAUGUCGCCCACGAAGUAAUAGGAUUAUCUGAGGCAUAAUCCAAGUAGAUUACUGCAUUCCUUGCUUUAUGAUUAGAGUAAUGUUAUGGAAUCAAAGUGAAAUUUGUUCUCGAAUUCAAUUUUAUUUCAGUGAAAUUAUUUUUUUAGGAAUUAAUCGAAUUAUCGAUUAACAGAAUUAAUAAUUGAUAUAAAAAGAAAUGUUUC